GGAGUUGGUGGCUGCAAUAGGACUAGCGAGAUUGGCCAGAGACAAGGCCUCGGUUAAUAUGCGGGUAUAAGGACAGCCCGGCCUCGACUGUAUGCAUUAGGAAUGGUAUCGUUCGUGUGGCCGUUUGUGUCGCCCCAAUUUGCCCCAGUAGCCUUAGGUAGCCCUGUAGAUCCGGAUCUCGUCGAGCGACAUAGGACCAGCCCGUAUCUCAGGAACCUUGGGGAUAGCCGUCUGUGUCAACCUCGUGGCAUUGAUACGAACCUGAGCGUAGGGUUGGCAGAUGGGAAGAUCUCAUUCGGGGGUAAAUUGGUCGAGGGAUGGGAUGAGGAUGGAGAAGACGGAGAGAAGAGAGGGGUCUCGUGACCGGUGAUGGAUGAAUCUGUCAAUCUGUCUUGCCUCUUUCUCACCUUUCGUUCAUCUUCUUCUCCUCUU